ACCUGGGUUGAGUAGAAAGCAAGCAAAUGGAAGGGAAAAGGAGAAAGGAGUAGAUGGGAAACAAGCACUUUUGAUGCAAGCUAUGUCUUUUUUGCCAGGACGAAGUAAGCAUAUAUGCUCACUCACCUCAUCGGCCCUUCUCCUUCUUUCUCAUUAUUUCCAUACAAGACCACAUUUGGUUAUUGGAUAAUUGUUUUCAUUUAUUGCUUUAUUAGAAGAGAGGGAGGGAAUAAAACGAAACUUGAUGCAGACAAUUAUAAAGCCAUCAUAAAUAUCCAGUGGGGGUGGGGUGGUUUUUCUUGAGGCACACACAUCGACUAACAAGCAAAAGUGAAGAGUAUAUGUGUAGGAAGCCAAAGUGAAGCUACCUGCGGUUGGUAUGCCUAUGCUGCCGCCCACAUGAAUCUAUCUUUAUGCAAACCAGUUGUCCCCUCCACCGCAUCAAUUGCUUCCUUCAAUCACCCUCUGCAUGCAUAUACUUGUCGACACAUACAUACAUAUAUGACUCAAAGCAAUUCAACAUAGAACCCUCCUAGUAAUGCUAACUGCAAAUUCACGAAGCAAUCCAAGCACAUUCUUACUGAUUACAAGCUAUAAGCCAGAUGAGGAGGAGAAGUAGCAGCUCACAUCAACGGCCCAUUGCCUUUCUUCCUCUCUUGCUUGUGUAUUUUGCUUUGGCUUCUUCUUCAUUCCCUGUCUGCAAUGGAAGUAGAUCGCCGGGGUUAGCGGAAGGCAAGGAGAAGAAACUGAGAGCCACCGGGCGGUUCAACAUUGCUUCCCUGAUCCUCCAGAGAGAAACGCUGGGCGAUGGAGCAUCCAACACGCAGCCGUACGUCAGCUCCCCUUUCUCACUGCCGCCGUACGGUUCAUUGUCUCCUCAGAAUGCUCCCCCUUACUGCAACGAACCUCCACAAGGAGGCCUGGCUCAGCCCCCGCCCCCGCCAUCGUCAGGCACCGAUACCGGCGUUCCCACACCUUCCGCUCCCACCUUCCUCCUCCCACCACCGAGCGAUUCCGGCACCGGCAUCCCCACCCCAGCCGCUCCCGCCUUCCUCCUCCCGCCGCCAGCUCCCCCUGGUCCGUCCUACUACUUCCCCCCGGGCCCACUUGUUCCGAUUCUUCCUGGCCCAUCUACUCCAGGAAUAAUCAUUCCAGGCCCACCUGUGAACAUACCCAGCCCACCUACUUACACCAUUCCUGGCCCAUAUCCGCCUGAGGCCCAAAUGCCCCCUGCCCCUCCUGCAUUUGAUGUACCGAGCCCGCCCGUGGCUUUCAUGCCUCCGGUGGUUUUCCCGCCGCCGACUGGUCCGCCGUCUCCAAGGACGGGGCCUCCGGCAGCAUUGUGGUGCAUGGCGAAGCCUUCGGUGCCGGAUCCGAUCAUGCAGGAGGCGAUGAACUACGCAUGCGGGUCCGGUGCCGACUGUGAUUCGAUACAGCCUGGCGGGCCGUGCUUUCAGCCGGACACAGUGUUUGCCCACGCUUCCUACGCUUUCAACAGCUACUGGCAGCGAACCAAGUCCGCUGGCGGUUCUUGCUCUUUCGGCGGCACUGCCAUCCUCGUCACGGUAGAUCCUAGCUACAAAGGUUGCCAAUUUGUUUACAACUGACGCGUGGAUAGCUAGUUAAGGCUGGUGGUGAUGAAUUAGUCCUGGGAAUAUAAGACAUAAAGAAAAAGUGAAUUUUACACAAAUUAUUACGAGAAUAAAGGAGGCAAAGAGAGGGAUUAUAAAUUUAUAAUUAGUGGAUCAAUACUCUAAUUGUUAGAUUCAGACAUUCAGUGGUAAAUCACAUUUUAUAGGCUGGGUUUUAAUCAUCCCAUGUGUGAUUCAUGAUUUUGUAAACAGUUGAAACUUGAAAGUGAAAAAUAGCUAUUACGUAUCUUUGAUUUGUUCAGGCAUUUAAAACAAGGUUUCCUCUAUUGUCUUGCAAAAAUUUACUAUAUAAAUGAAGGAGUGGCCUGGCUCAUGCCCCACUAUCACUAUGGAUCUUGUUCUCUAAUUGUAUGUUUGUUUCUUUAAUUAUCUUAACAAAUGUAGGUACAUGCAACAUGCUCCCCCACUUAUACCAUUGUUUAUUCAUAAUUUAUUAUCUUUCAAUUGAACUAAAUCUCGCGAUAUUUCACAAUAUUGCUAAUUUCAAUUCAUGUGAAAAUUAUCUCGUUUAAACAUUUCUAGCAUCCAUUUCUCCGUUUUCAAUAUGGUUGACAGGUCCAUGUCGCCUUUUUGCGGUGUUUCCGUAUCUGAUUCGUCGGGCAAGACUCAAGAGGCAGGAAGCAAAGACACGAGAUUCGUAGGAUGCUCUGAACAAAUUCUAUGAUCCCUAUUCCUGGAAAUUAUGCAUGAAUUCCUUGUCUUCACAAAACAAAUAAGAUAUUACACCGAACAAGUUGUCCUUUUAACAUCUUUCUCAAACACAUUAAAUGGAUACAUCAAGCAUAUUUGGGUUAGCCCAUCAGGUUCGUUCUACAAAAGGUGCGGCCUCUCUUCCUCUUAACGUCCUCCAGGACUUCUGUUCCAUGAUAGAUAAGAGGGGUCUCCAAGGCGCCUGAAAUUAUCCAAAACACAAGAUUUCCGGUCACUGCUAGUCAGAUACAAAUGGCACAAGGUUAUGGCUACUCAUGUCCUAGUAAUGCACACAGCCAGCUGUUUCACUUCAUCACUUUCCUAGUUCAUUUUCAUUGCCAAACGAGAUAAAACAAAAGGCAGACAGUAGGCAUACAGACGCCUAAAACGCCAAUUAGAUGAAAAAGACUCGAUAUGCUACAUCGGCAAGAUUAGGAGGUGCCUAUGUGUUUCUACAAAGAAGAAAAUCCUUGGACAAUGCAUAAUUUCCCUAAGAAAUAUAUGCAAAUAUCACAAGGGAAUGCACUAAAUACCUACAUAACACAAGCCAUAUAUGCAAAUCAUAUCAGGGAAUGCACUAACUACCUACAUAACACUGAGUGAGACAUGGUAGAAGAUCAGCAGAGCAGAAACCCAGUUAGUGAAAAGAACAUCACUGUGCAAGGAUAGAGUACUCUGGGAACUACCGAUCAACAUCAAUGAGCUUACCGUGGCUUCACAAGAUACACUAUGAUGAAACAUACUGCCAAGAACAGACAUAACCCUCCAACUGUAAGGUAAGCAAUGCCGAGAAAGUCAUUCUUCCCACCGAGCCAGCUAGUUGUUGAAAGCACAAGUCUCUUCUUGCCGUUGAAACUGUAGGU